UCAGGUUUAUUACCUUGUUUCACAGUGUCUUGCACAAGUGUGAUUCUUUUGACAUUUUCUUAUGUUCAUAUUAUCUUCAGUUGCCUUGUCUUGUGAAAACUAAUGAACAUGGCCUCAAAGCUAAAUGCUAUUAUCCUGGAUAUUGAGGGGACGACAACUUCCAUCAGCUUUGUGAAGGAUAUAUUGUUUCCAUAUGCAAGGGAGCAUCUAGAUUCUUUUCUCACUGAGCACUGGGGUUCAGAAGACUGUUCAACCAUCGUCAACCUCCUAAGGGAUCAGGCGUCUGCCGACGGCGUGACACUGCCAGCAGCUGAAUCAGACCCUGCCCUGCUGCGAGAGGGUAUCCGUCGGUACGUGCUGUCCCUGAUGGAUGCCGACCGUAAAGUUACUGCCCUGAAGCACCUUCAGGGACUCAUCUGGACAAGGGGAUACCUUGACGGCCACAUUAUUGGACAUGUCUAUGGAGAUGUGCCUGCAGCACUGGAGCAAUGGAACCGACAGGAUAUCUCUGUGUGGAUCUAUUCGUCGGGCAGCAUCGCCGCCCAGAAGCUGCUCUUUGGCCACACAGAACACGGUUCGCUGUUGAAGCACUUCAGUGGUCACUUUGACACGACCACCGGGCCAAAGACUGAAGUGGAGAGCUACCGCAAGAUUGCAGCCGCCAUUGGCAGCAGUCCAGAACAGAUUCUGUUCGUCACCGACAUUUUAAAAGAAGCUGUGGCGGCGAGGGAGGCCGGCAUGAGAGUCAAUCUAGCCAUCAGGCCGGGGAACGCCGAACUUAGCGAGGUCGAUCGACAGCAGUAUACCACCAUCACGGACUUCAGCCAGAUCUCCGUCUGAGCGCCAGCAGUGGGUGAAUAAUUCUGAGCAUGGUGCGUGCUCUGUCGUCUCGUGACCAGUGGCCAUCAUUCCUUGUUAUCGAAGUGAUACUCAUACGGGGCUAGGCGUAGUAUGGCUCAAUAAUGGUUAUUAAAGGGACUAUCCCACCUUCUAAAAUGUUGUUAAAACCAGUUAAAUUGUGCCCGACUUUAUAGAUUGGAUGACCAGGAACACGGUUCUGGCAUUUAUUUUUCAUUAAACAUCUUAGG